AGGGGCGCGCACCGCGCCGCCACCUAACUCUCGACGAUGCCGCCCAGUAGCCCGCAGGGGCCGGUUUCCUGUGUUCGUGACCAUCCGCCGGACGAGGUUUGCGAGGAAUGUCCCCUGCGGGAUACGGGCGGGCAGCUUGUCGCCCGGCAGCAGCAGGUGCCUACGGGCCCCCUGUCCGCCAUGUUUGGCGUGGCAAAGGGGAUCUCUGCGCUUGCCCAAUUCUUGCGGACAACGGGCGUGUAUGGGAAGGCAGGUUCUCUCUCCCGGCAGGGGAAAGACAAAGACGAGACGCCUUCUCAGGAGCCUCGGGAUCCCAAGGAAGGAGGAGCAAAGGGCGACAAUCAGCCAUGAAGAGCAUACAGUAGGAUCAUCGGUGCGCCCCUACCUGGAUAUGGCUUCGAGGAGUGGAUGCUAACGAGCUCGGGGCUCAGUAAUCAAUUUUGCAGGCACUCCUUCCCAACUGCGUUCGAGUAUAGGGACUACUCUCGCUCUGAUUUCUUGGGCUCUGAUUUCUUGGAAUAUCUCGACGACACAAGACACGACUACAUCACCAAAUCUCACAUAACCUAGAAUCAUACUAUCGGGGCUACGACGCCAUAACCGCAGAUACAGAUGGACACGCAUAUCACCAGAUGCAUACACACAUACUCCAAGUGCGCACGAACGUCGAACUCGUGUAUUACUAUGGAAUACUAUACUGUACGAGUACGAUAAUACUCAAUGUAUCCCCGU